UUUGCUUGGGUUAGAUUCAAGGUGUCGCCUUUGCUAUGGUCCUUCUACUGUUCAGUCUUCAUUGGAAUUCCUUCCUUUUUGUCAAAUCUCUUGCGUGCCUUCAACUUUUGCUGUCAUCUUUGUGCUGCCCUCGUCUCUGUUCCGACACAUCAGUUCUUGGAGCAUGUCCAUAUAUAUAUAGUAAUAUAGUAUUAAAUCGAAGCGGUGAAUAAACAGUUCCGUCCAAUCUUCAUCUGAUCUGCAGAUCAGCAACUGCCGUUGCAUUCAAAAUUAUGCGGGCCUGCCAGUUCAAAAAUGUCAUUGUGAGAUCUCUUCUUUUUGGGUAAUGAUACUAGAGAUGUUAGGUUUGUAGUCCCAGCAAUGUACAACACGGGUCCACUUUUAGGUGACCGAGCAAAUCAGUUGUUCCGUGCAGAGACAGGAAAACUCGUCUUCCAUUUUGUCCAUCUGUUGAACGUGGCCCCCUGUUUUUUGGCAUUGUCGAAGACCUGGUGAUAGAGCGGCUUUUGACAUUGCUGAAGACCAGGUGGUAGAUGGAUUAAGAAAUUAUGCUUGCGUAGUUUAUGCUGUUGGCUGGCAUAUUUUAUUUCAAACCUGUGUGCAGUGGGAUGUGUAACUUUUAAACUACAUUUAUAAUGAUGAUGGACCACAACUUCUUAAAAAUUUAGGGCAGAUGCUUCUUGAGACAUCUUCAAAGUCCAAACUAUCAUACCUUAAACUUUAAUUCAGUCACAAUUUCUUAUUAAAGAAAGGGUAUCAUCAAAGUUAUUUGGAAACCCUUUUUGUGUAGGUCUAAUGUAAGAGCUCAGAAAACAAUGACUACUCAAAUGGACUAAAGAAAUAAAUUUUGGAAGAAAAUGUAAGAUUGGUUGUUAAAUGUUGUAGGUUGUUUCUGUGAUGCAGAAAGUUAAAAAAAACAUAGACAAUUGCUUCUUUUUAUGUGCCACUAAGGAAGCUGUCCUUUUUUUAUACCUUUCGUUUUUGUCACUGGUCUAUUAAGGUACUUGCUUUUUUUCUUUUUUGCUUAGCACUACUACUUAGACCCUUACACAGUAAGUUUUCAACCUGGAGAAGAUGAUUCCAUUUGCUGUGCACACCUGCAAAUUCAUUUGUUCAUACGACAGCCUCUCUGUAUUUGGAGGGGAAGGUGCAACCUUAAGCAAAGGGUUUAAUCGGGGAUUGGGGACACUAACCGCAGGAGCUUUUGCUCUAGUAGUUGCAGAAUUGUCCAAACACCUGGGAAAACUGGAGGAAGUUAUUCUUAUAACAAGCAUCCUUAUUGUUGCCUUUUUCACAACAUUGACAAAGCUACAUCCGAAGAUGAAGCCGUAUGAGUAUGGAUUCCGUGUGUUCUUGUUGACAUUCUGUUACGUUAUGGUCUCUGGGUACAACACUGGGAAAUUCACUGAUACAGCUACAAGCAGAUUUAUAUUGAUUGCUAUUGGUGCUGCUGUCAGUCUUGGAAUCAAUGUAGGCAUCUACCCAAUCUGGGCGGGAGAGGAUUUGCAUAACUUGAUAGCAAAGAAUUUCACUGGUGUUGCAAAAUCCUUGGAAGGUUGUGUUGAUGGAUAUCUGAGAUGCAUGGAAUAUGAAAGGAUUCCUUCAAAAAUACUUGUGUAUCAAGCAUCUGAUGAUCCUGUAUAUAGUGGGUACAGGGCAGCUGUUGAGGCAUCAGCACAGGAAGAAACCCUGCUUGGCUUUGCUAUAUGGGAGCCACCCCAUGGGCCUUACAAAACAAUGAACUAUCCUUGGAGGAGCUUCACCAAAGUUAGUGGAGCAUUGAGGCACUGUUCCUUUGCAGUAAUGGCAUUACAUGGUUGCAUUCUUUCAGAAAUUCAGGCACCACCAGAAAGCAGAAGAGUAUUUUCUGCAGAGAUUCAAAGAGUGGGACAGGAAGGAGCUAAAGUAUUGCGCGAGCUCGGAAGCAGAGUUAAGACAAUGACCAAGCUGAGUUCUUCAGGUAUUCUGUUCGAAGUGCACAUGGCAGCUGAAGAGCUGCAAAAAAAGAUUGAUGAGAAGUCAUAUCUUCUGGUGAACACUGAACGAUGGGAUGCUAGCAAGCAAGCUCAAGGAAUCAAAGAAGUUGUAAAUGGUACCCGUGCUGUGGAAACGGAAAACAAGAACAAAGAAAACAAGGAUGAUGGCACCAGUGCUGUCGAAAAAGAAAACAAAUCCAAAGAAAACAACAAUGGAGGGCUGGAACCUACCAUAGUUGAUCAAACUUUAGUGCAUCAGUCAAAGAGCUUUCUUGCAAAUUCAUUUCUGAGCAGAUAUGAUUCAGCGUCAACAAUUGACGGUUUUAAGCCAGCACUUUCUUGGCCUGCUCGUAAAUCAUUCCAUCCAAACAUACCACUUGAAGAUGAGGAUUCCCAAACAUAUGAAAGCGCGAGUGCCUUGUCCUUGGCUACAUUUGCAUCACUCCUGAUUGAGUUUGUUGCCAGACUACAGAAUGUUGUUAACGCAUUUGAAGAGUUGAGUGAGAAGGCUAACUUUAAGGAUCCUGUGGUGGAGCCUACUGCAGUUAGCACAAGUAAUGUUAGGUUUCUCGAUAAACUGUGCAAAUUUGUAGGUUUCUAGAGUUGACACGGAUCCUGUGAAGGCUAACUCUAAGGAUCCUGUUUUGGCAUCCAGUUUCCCUUUUUAAAAUUAAUUUGGGGGUACGGAAUGUACACUAAACUUGUAAAUGUGCAAUCAGAUGAUUGCAAGUUGUAUUGCUGGAGUUCAGUUUACAGCUACAGAAAUCAUCAAUCUGGUAAAUGUUGAUCUCUGCAUCUGCUGUAUUGUGUUUUCAGCGCCCUGACUGAUUGCACGUAUGUAUAUCCUGUGAAAAGCCAGCUUUUCAUAUAUUUUUUUGCA